AUGUCGACCAUAAAUGAGCAGCAACAUCAGCUCUUGACAAACCCCUUCCGUGGCCUGCACGCCGAUGUGUCCCGAAGCUAUCGUGUCGACCAGCUGAUGGAGGAGGCGACCGCGACUGACUUGAUCCUCGCCCGGCAAGAGAAGAAGUCCACCGCUUUCUCCUUCUUACACUUUCGCGCUGGUGCGCGUUUCUAUGAAGGACACUGGGGGAGCGUGGCUGACAUGCAGGCGCAGCUCGAUACGUUCGCCAAGGCUACGCAGACGACCUCGUCAAAGCGCAUCUCUACUUCAUACUUGCGCGGCACGCCGAUCCCUGGCUUCACGCUAUUCAACAACGAUCUCGGCUUGCAAAGCCCGUUAGUGCAGUGCAGCUAUCCACUAAUCGUUGCUCAGCGGCUGUUGCUGUUCCCCGAUCAUUUGCGGCACUUCCACACCAUCUGCGGACGUGAGCAAGUGCCGUGUGACUUCUACGCAGACCUCGACCUUCCCGGCGAGUCUGCCGCCGGGGCGGAGAAGACGCUGCUGGAGGUACUGAAAUACCUGGAGGUGCGGUUGCCCGGUGUGGGUUUCACUGACCCCUUCUUUCUCGUCCUGACGAACGCCGUACCAAGCAAGGAUAAGAUGUCGUACCACAUUCAUGCUCGGAGCUUCACGCACUUGAAACAUCGAGCGCUCGACACCAGCAGCGGGGCACAGCGCAAGUCAUCAUGCAGGAAGACAAAGACGCGCCGCAAGAAGGCACCGACAGCGUCAACCCGCCGCGGAUUAGACGAAGAGAGUAUAGACGAGGAGCACGACAGCGAUCCCUACGACGACCUGAGUGACAUGGUCAGCGCCGUGGAUGGCAGCCCCAAGGGGUCGGCGUCCUCGCGCCGCGGCAGUGCUGAUCUCACCAGGGUGGUGGCGUUUCAGGACUACCGCGCAGUAAAGCUUAUCGCUGACGAGGUGAAUCAAACACUCGGUCGGGAUAUCAUUGACCAAAACUGCUACCGACCAAACGGUAUGCUGCGCUGCGUCUUCAGCGCAAAAAUGCCCUCUGCGCAGGAUCACAAUUACCGUCUGCAGUCCGAGAGCAGCGCGGAGGCAGCGCGCAGGCGGCUUGUGCCGCUUGUGACAGCCUCCGACCCGGCAUUGCAGCGGUACUUGUCGGAGACCGAGUCGGUGCUCCGCACCAUGACCGAUCCUGAAAUUCUGGAGCUGACCUUCGUCACCAGGCAUCUGGACGCGGACCCCAAGGUGAUCAAGGCCGUCCACGAGCACGCUGCGAGUCUCGUGGCGCACAAGAGCCACGGCCAGGACGGGAGUGCGGAGCAGCAGCACCGCGCCGCCGUGCUGCAUGCGACAAGAAAGUACGGCUUUAAGCUGAUUCGCUCACGCCAGAUCAUGGGCCCACAGGCAACGCAGGCUGCGGAGUACGAUGCCUAUGGCAACGUCGUGUCACCCUUCCUUACAGAGGCUGCAAAGUGGCGCCGUUUCAAGUCGGUCACGGCGAAGCUGCGCACCUUGCCACCUCGAGCGGCGGAGACCUAUGACGUGUGGGUGCGCGUCGGCCUCGCCCUCCAUAACUUCAGCAACGAGGACCACGUCUUCGAGGAGUGGGUGCUUUUCUCGCUCAAGUCACCGCUCAAGUACUCGCGCGAGGUGUGCCGCAAGAAGUGGGUGCAGUUCGAGCGUAAUCCCGACGCGCUGAACUGGCGCCGCGGGUACAACUACCUGAAUUCGACCGUGUGGCGCCAGGUGUGA